CAGGGGUGUUAUUAAGAUUGUUUUUUUACAAGUGGCCAGGAUGUCAUUCGUGUGGCUCAUCUUAAUGGCUCUUCAGAUGUUCUCAGAAUUGACUACAAGUAACCCAAAUUUAUCCCAGGGAUUUACACCUGCUGACAUCACCGAUUUAGUUUACAAAGUACAGGUGAGUUAAACGUAAUUAUUUUUAUUGGUAAGUCUCAUGCAUAGUCUGAAAAAAGCACACGUAGCCGAACUCAGUCCAAUUCAUACAUGGCCAGUAAAUACAAAGCUCAAACAAAGCCUAGCCAUACAAAGCCUAGCUCAUUAGAGGCCUAGCUCAUACAAAGCCUAGCUCAUUAGAGACCUAGCUCAUACAAAGCCUAGCUCAUUAGAGGCCUAGCUCAUACAAAGCCUAGCUCAUACAAAGCUUUGCACAUACAAAGCCUAGCUCAUUAGAGGCCUAGCUCAUACAAAGCUUUGCACAUACAAAGCCUAGCUCAUUAGAGGCCUAGCUCAUACAAAGCCUAGCUCAUUAGAGGCCUAGCUCAUACAAAGCCUAGCUCAUUAGAGGCCUAGCUCAUACAAAGCCUAGCUCAUACAAAGCUUUGCACAUACAAAGCCUAGCUCAAUAGAGGCCUAUCACAUACAAAGCCUAGCUCAUUAGAGGCCUAGCUCAUACAAAGCCUAGCUCAUACAAAGCUUUGCACAUACAAAGCCUAGCUCAUUAGAGGCCUAGCUCAUACAAAGCCUAGCUCAUUAGAGGCCUAGCUUAUACAAAGCCUUGCUCAUGCAAAGUCCAACUCUUACGAUGUCCAACUCUAACACUAACCAAUUCUUACAUAGACCAACUCUUACACUGACCAACUCUUACAUUGACUAACUCUUACACUGACCAACUCUUACACUGACCAACUCUUACAUAGACCAACUCUUACACUGACCAACUCUUACAUUGACUAACUCUUACACUGACCAACUCUUACACUGACCAACUCUUACAUAGACCAACUCUUACACUGACCAACUCUUACAUUGACUAACUCUUACACUGACCAACUCUUACAUAGACCAACUCUUACAUAGACCAACUCUUACAUAGACCAACUCUUACAUAGACCAACUCUUACAUGACCAACUCUUAGAUAGACCAACUCUUACACAGACCAACUCUUACACUGACCAAUUCUUACAUAGACCAACUCUUGCAUAGACCAACUCUUACAUAGACCAACUCUUACAUAGACCAACUCUUACACAUACCAACUCUUACAUAGACCAACCCUUACAUAGACCAACUCUUACAUAGGCCAAAUCUAACACUGACCAACUCUUACAUAGACCAACUCUUACAUAGACCAACUCUUACAUAGACCAACUCUUACAUAGACCAACUCUUACAUAGACCAACUCUUACACUGACUAACAUAAAUAAGCCAGGUUAAAUUCAAGCGUAAACAAUGUCUGAAUGACAUUAAAACAAAUAUUUGAAGAAAUGAAAAUGUUCACUGGUUUACUUGAAACGAAUUGAAGGCAUACUAUUUAAGGGUGCAAUGUGUUGUCUAUAUUAAUUUGGCAAUUUUUCUGGUGAUAAAGUUCAUGUUUUUAAAGGUGUCAAAAUCAAUUUUUCUGUUGAAGCAAUUUCAGUAGCGAUCAGUCAAAAAAAAAAAAAAAAACAAACAAACAAACAAACUCCAAGGAAAACUCUCCUUUUAUACGCAAUGAACAAACUAUCAAACAGUUCCAUUGUUGAAACUAGCUUAAAGUAUCAAUAGUGUUGUCUAUCUGAUUCACCUGACGUAGUCGUGUAUAGCUUCAAUUAGUUAUGAUCUUGAAAAUUAAAGUCGCAGCGAUUGCAUGUUAUUUCAUAGUACUCCACUCUCAUUAUUAAGUGGGCCGCCACAUGAUUUCAAUAACGUCGACCGGUACGGACAAUAACUUGACCAGUGCGGCCAAUGAUUUGACCAGUACGCCGAUAACAACUAGUAUGGCCAAUAACGUGACCAUUACGGCCAAUAACUUGACCACUAUGGCCAAUAACUUUAUCAGUAUGGCCAAUUGGUUGACCAGUGUAAUUAAUAACUUGACCAGUAUGGCUAUUGUUUUUUUUUUUUUUUACUAUUAAUUAUUUCCCCAGCUGAGGCGCAAACUUGAGAUGGCUCUGAACAGGAACGUGGCUCCAAGCACCACCCGCAAAUCAAGCAGAGANAAGCCUUAGGAACCGAAAAAAAAAAAAAAAAAAAAAAAAAAAAAUCGUCUCUAAAUGAUUAUUCUAUUUCGUAUGAAGCCAUUAGGAUGUUUACUUUGAAACUAAUGUACACAUAUCCCCCGCCUACAAGUUCUUAAACUUAAGCUUUUGGUUCUACCAUCUUUAAAGCUAAAUGGCGAAGUUUUAGGAAGAUUUCUUCUUUAAAAAAAAAACAAAAAACAUAUAUAUAUGGUAGAUUUCGAUCGUGCCACUUUGUUUAAAAGUGCUGCCAAGUUGAAUUCCAUGACUGUGGUCGGCUUGUACACGGUACUAAACUUUGGCAAAUGACCAUAGGUUCUUCAGCCUAGCGGGGCAUCUUGCAUGCUGAACACUUGUUAAGUUUCCUAGAUUCAAACUAGGGCAAGGGUCGACAAAGUUUGAUCGUUUUUUUUUUUAAACCGAGCAGCUAUUUUGAUAAGUUACAUCUGCUAAGGAUAGGUGUUGGGAGCCGUUUGUCAUAAUAGAUAAAUAUUUUUUUUUAAAAGGGCCGAUUCUGUUCCUUCAAAGAGCCGCUUCUGUUCUUUCAAAGAGCCGCUUCUGCUCCUUCAAAGAGCCGCUUCUGUUCCUUCAAAGAGCCGCUUCUGUUCCCUCAAAGAGCCGUUUCAGUUCCUUUAAAGAGCCACCUCUGUUCAUUUCAAAGAGCCAACUCUGUUCAUUCAAAGAGCCUCUUCUGUUCCUUCAAAGAUCCGCUUCUGUUCCUUCUAAGAGUCGCUUCUAUUCCUUCUUCAAUGAGUCGCUUCUGUUCCUUCAAAGAGCCACGUCUGUUCUUUCAAAGAGCCGCUUCUGUUCCUUCACAGAGCCACAUGCUUCUGACCACUGAACUAAGCUAUGCUGACCCAUCGUAGUAUUAUCGUAACAUUUUCUCCUUAACUUUAUCAUCUAAUAAUUUGCUCCGUUUAAUAGUAAAAUAAUCUUUUAUCACAGCUGGUAAAAUAAUUGUUAAACAUGUCUUGACCUAUUUAAAAACUGUAUAAUAAGUUUGUUUCUAAAAGUCCAGUUCUAGUGCAUCUGCCGUACCACCAGUAAACACCAGUCUCUAUAUUUGUCCUCAGACUCGCAGCGCCCCGACACAGUGACCUUUACCUUUGGUCCAAGGCUCCGGGCAACAAUCUCCAAUAAUUUGAGGAAAGCGGUCCUCAUUGUUCGGAUUCGACCCGUGAAGAGCAAGAGGCGACAAGGCAAAGCCAACAUGAAGAUCGCGGCAGAGUCCGAAAUCGCCGAGAAGAUACGAAACGUCACUUCGGAAAAGGCCAUUAAGAAGGAACUGCUGCUCAGAAUUCGCCAAACGCAAAAUCAAGACGAUUACGAUUACGAAGAGAAUCGAUACCCCAGUGGAGAAGAAGACAACGAAACUAGAAAAGGUUCGGACGUCGCCCCCCGAAAAUCCAGCACGCGGGGUCAGGACAAGAAAUUGCGUGAGCUCCCGACGGCAGACGUCAAGGUUGUGAUUAAGAUAAUUGAUUCCGUGACCGGAAAAAAGAGAAGGCUUACGGCCAGCCAGGUGGACGUCAAAGAGCCUUCCGAUGUCAAGGUGACACUCACGAAAGAGGUCAACGAGGCGCUCCACUCCCCCAAUCACACGCUGACCCUGCAGGUCACGUGCAAAAGAUGCAAGCGGCGAGUCCACCUGGAGAAGCUGUUCAAGACGUCCAAGCGGAAAAAUAAAGCGAACGGAUUGAGAACGCGUCGCCUGAACCCCAAUCGCCCCUACCUGGUGAUCACGACCAACGAAAACUCAGCGACGGAGAACAAUAACGCGAAGUCGAUUAGGGACAGCCGGUCUAAACGGCAUGCACCAAACAGCUGUCCGGAAGGUGAAUAUCUUCAGAAAUUUUUGCUGCUCGGCGAAAAGUCGGACACUUGCUGUUCGGAAAGAAUUUACGUCACAUUCGAUCAGCUUGGUUUAGACGAUGUCAUUAUAUUUCCGAAAGGCUUUUCUACGGUGAAUUGCCUGGGCAGUUGUGGACGUAGCGUGUCGGCGCUGCAUCCGAGGACAACGUCAGGAGACGAACUUAGGACGGCGGACGAGGAACUCCGUCGCAGAGCCAGCGGGGAGACCCGUGUUGGGGACGUGUCACCGGGUACCGUAGGUAACACAAGACAAUGCACAUCUAUACAAAAGUCAUCACUAGAUUUAUUUUAUCUGAAUGAGAAUAACACCGUCAUUCCCAUGAAGCUGGACAAUUUUAUCGAUGAAGCGUGUGGCUGUUUAUCGUGACCUUUUGAACCCUCCUAUACCUCACAUCAUUUGAAAUAGUUGAUGAGCUCUUAAUAUUUUUCCCUCCCGAAAUCAGUUAAAAAUGGAACAUAUUUCAAUUGUUCUUCUUCACUAGACAAGAGUGCGCAGAUUCAAUACACUAUAGCCAGUAACGAUAAAUAUGAACCUGGGGCUAGUAUUCAAUCAUUGUAAAAGCAUGGCGUCUUAUCAUGAAGGACGACGAACUCUUCUGUCAUGAAGUUAACGAAAAUCACUUGAUUCCGAACGGUUUCCGAAAUAGCCCAAAAGUCGCGAUAAAUUUUAUUCCAAUAUUUUAUCAGACUUUUAGUUUAGGCCUUAACCAAAUUUUCUUCAUUGAUAUAUGUGAUCUGCGGGCAGUCCCAUCUUCUAUAUCUAAAGCAGGGAACCAAUCUUCAAGCUAUUCUUUAAGUUUUAUUUCCAAAGUAUUAGAACUAAGCUGCUCAAAUCUUGCAGUUAGUAUGAAAUGAAAUUCACAUUUACGAGAAUCCCCGCGUCUUACAAGGAAAUUGUAAUAAAGCGUGUGUCACAAUGAAAUUAUAUUAAGCCAAUCAGAUGUCUUAAGUAAUCCACCCAAGAAGGCCAGUCGCGACAGUCACCCCCAGAUUUAUUGACUUAAUUUCUAUUCACUCCACCCCCCACGGUUAACAAAAGUCCCUAUGACCAGCGGGAGAUUAAGCGUGAAGAAUUUCACUUACGAGAUCCUCAGCUUUCUGGCUACGAUUUUUUUUUACUGAAGGAAUUCAAAUGUACCACAUUUGCGUUAGUGCGCUUUGUUGUUACCAGCUUUUAAGUGAGCUCCAUUUUCUCUGAAGCAAGUAUUACAAGGACAAAGAGUAGUGUAAUUAACAUGGACCUCCACCAGUCGGCCACACGUGUCUGUGUUGCUAAUGUUGAAGGACUCACCAUGGGACUGCAUCUAGAGGUUGGAAUGGGGGCUGAAAACAACUAAGAGUUGUCUUAUUGUUUCGGAGCUAGAGGGGCUGAAAUUGAAUUAUCUGACGCGGUCCUUCAAAGAUCUACAUCGGGAGUAAGUUGGUGGUGAAUUGUAUAUAAUUUAAAUCUGAUUUAAAUCUGAGCAGCUCCCUCGGAUCAUAUAACGUGUUCCUUUCUUUUCUAGCCUGAUCAGAAUUAUUAAAAAACUUCCUUAAACAAAAUUCAACUUGAAAAAAAAAAAUGAAUAUCAAAUUAAUAUCCCGCAGAAUAAGAAAUAAUAUCAGACACUAAAAGAAGUAGUGCCAGACAGUGUAAGAACUAAUAUCAGACGGCAUAAGAAGUAAUGUCAGACAGUAUUAAAGAUAAUAUCGGGCAGUAUACAAAAAUAUUAUGAGACGGCAUCAGAAGUUAAAUCAGACAGAAGGUUCGCUGUCUGUAUUUGUGUCUGUAUUAAUGACGACACGACCUGCAUAAUCCACAAGCUAUCGCUUUACUUUUGGUGACGGCUAGCAUCGCCAUCUCUGGGGCUGAAUUUUAAGAGAUAUCAGGGGAUCCCAGUAUGUUAUAUAUGCUCUAAUAAAUCUAUUUAUCAAUGAAUCUAUCAUGAACUAUACUUGACUGUGCAAUAACUAGCAUUACAUAGCAACAUUCAUGGCGUAUUUUCAUCAGAAUAGUGUAUGCCAAAGAUACAUUUACAUUCAAAUAUCAGGAGAUGAUUGUGGAUAUUUUCUCAUAAAGACUUUCACAAAAGCGGGAAGGAGGGUAGUGACGUAGGAAGAGGCGGUUCAAUCCCAGAGGAGGGGGGAGGGGGGCCAUUUUUAUAUGUACAUGCAGGGGCAGAAUCUUCGACCAACUGCAUUGUAUCAGCAAAAAUCUUGGACUGCCGAUUCCGCACUUACCUUAGCUACGCAUUUGGAGGAGUGCACCUUUAGUUGUCAUCACAAGGAGAUUAAGCCGUGAUAUCAUUUCCGGUUUUUAUCUCCCCCCCCCCCUCAACUAGCCUUAAUAUUAACUUCCGGUAGCUAAGAUGAAAAAUGGGAUCAGUAUUAUUACACAAUGGAUGUAUGGAGAUAGAUGUUGGCUGCAUCCAUCAAUAAAUAUGAUUUUAGGCAAGCAGAUGCUUCUUUGGAGGCGAGUGUGCUUUAAAUAAACUUAAAGGUUCAAGGCUUAAAGUCAAGAUUACUUCACAACAAAAUGAACCAUAAAGAGCCGAUUGAGUGUACGAUAAUUGAAGCACCACCUCCCUGUCUCCCCCAAGUGCUCUUCACGUUUCUAUUGGUCUAUAUUGAUCAUCAAAACUGCAGAGAGCAGAAGUGGGCUCUGCAAAAAGCUUCUAAAACUAGAACUAAAGAAAUGAAGUUAAAUAUUUUUUUAAAAAUAUCGGCAUUAUUCAGUCAAUUAAUCCUGUUAAUUUAAACAGCUUUGGAAUAGUUCAGUAGAAGAGAUUUUUCUUCUUCCUCAAUCUGAAGAACCCCACAAAUUUAAAGUUUACAAAUCAUAAGAAAAUAUGCUGCUGAUCUAAAAAAUAUCACUGAUUUUAGCACAUAUGUUUUGAAUAUGUGCUCAAGGUGUAACUGUCUGAGAACAUGUCAAUGUGCAACUACAUGUGUAUUAACUUAUUUUCAUAACGAAAUUACUUUUUUUUUGCAUGAACACAAAGGAACUAUGUUUUGGUCUCUCAUGGCAUUACUGCAAUGUCCCCCUAGGGUUUCAUGACUUACUGCACUGUCCCCCAGGGUCCCAUGGCAUUACUGAACAGCCCUCUGGGGUUCUAUGGCAUACCAUACUGUCCCCCAGGGUACCAUGGUAUUACUGCACUCCCACUCCCCCUAGUUCCCAUGGCAUUACUGCACUCCCCCUAGUUCCCAUGGCAUUACCGCACUGUCGCCCAGGGUCCCAUGGCAUUACUGAACAGCCCUCUGGGGUCUGGGUUCGCAUAGCAUAACUGCACUGCCCGAUAGGGUCCCAUGACAUUACUGCACUAUCCCCAGGGACCCAUGGCAUUACUGAACAGCCCUUUAUGAUCCCACGGCAUUACUGCACAGCCCUCUAGGGUUACAUGGCAUUACUGCACUGCCCCAUAGGGUCCCAUGGCCUCUUGCACUGCCCCCUUGGGUCCCCAUGACAUUACCGCACUGCCCCCUUAAGUGGAUGUCAUUACUGCACUGUCCCCCAGAAUCCCAUGGCAUUACUGCACUACCCUCUUGGAUUCCAUGGCAUUAGUGCACAGCCCUCUAGGCCCGAUGGCAUUACCGCACAGCCCUCUAGGCCCCAUGGCAUUACUGCACUGUCCUCCAGAAUCCCGUGCCAUAACUGCACUACCCUCUUGGAUUCCAUGGCACUACUACACAGCCCUCUAGACCCCAUGGCAUUACUGCACUGCCCCUAGGCAAAUGUGUAAUUUAUUUUGAUAUUUUUUUUUUACUGCUAGUUUUUCCGUGGCGUUACGGAAAGUGCUGUUACGGGUAAAUGGUGGAUUGGGCCAUAUGUGUGCACUGUGCUGACUGAACGCAUGCUAAAGUCACUUUGGUAGUGGUCGUCACCACACAUAUACGCCUCGUUGAAAGAAAUGUUAUGUUUUUAUUAGUAUUGAAAUUUGACAAUAAUCGUGUCUUUCAUGCAUUUUAUACUUUGAGAUGUUGAUGUGUUGAGUUUUAGAACGUAAUUGAUCAUAAUGUUUGCGAUUUAGUGUGUAGUCUACAUAAAGUUGCAAGGUGUGUGAACACCGCAUCACAACACAAUAUUGCAUAAUAAAAGGCACAACUCACGCAACAACAAC